CGAGGCGCCGCGUGAGCCGUCCGGGGCCGGAGCGGACGCCGGCUCCUCGGCCCUUUUCGCCGGGAACAGCCGGCCUGGGUGGCCCGAGCUGGCGCCUGGCGAGCGGCUGCCUCCCCGGCGGCCUGUCCUCAGCCCGACCCGACCCGGGAGGCCGGGACGCGAGGCUGCAAGGAUCCCUGCCGGGCGGCCGCCACCCGCGGGGCGGGGCGCGGUUUUCGGCCGGUCGCGGAACACGUGAUCAGUAUUUGGGGCCCGCUGCAGCCCUCGUCCACCUUAUAGACGGUUCGGUGCACGUGGGAUUAGAGCCGCCAGGUGCCCGCCACCAUGGCCAUGAACCUUCUGGAGGACUGGUGCCGGGGUAUGGAAGUGGACAUCCACAGGUCCCUGUUGGUCACGGGCAUCCCAGAGGACUGUGGUCAAGCAGAAAUUGAGGAGACCUUGCAUGGGGUCCUCUCCCCGCUGGGCCCGUACUUCGUGCUCAAUAAGAUUUUUCUGAGGGAAGAGAACGCCAAAGCUGCCCUAAUUGAGGUGGGAGAGGGUGUGAGUCUCAGGGCCGUACCCCGGGAGUUCCCAGCAAGGGGGGGCGUCUGGAGAGUGGUUUGUAGAGACCCCACCCAGGAUGCUGAGUUUUUAAAAAAUCUGAAUGAGUUCUUAGAUGCCGAGGGGCGCACGUGGGAGGAUGUGGUCCGCCUGCUCCAGCUCAGCCACCCCCCACGGCCCCAGAAUCAGCGCCCGGAGAACUGGGCAGAAGCUUUGGGGGUGCUCCUGGGGGCAGUGGUGCAAAUCGUCUUCUACAUGGAUGCUGAGAUCCGCUGCCGCGAGGAAGUGAGGGCGCAAGAGGUGACUGAUGCCCAGGCCGUAGCAGCUUCAGCUUCAGCAUCACGGAGGAAGGUCAAGAAGGAGCCAGGAUGGGCUGCAGAAGUGGGGUCUGCUUUGAAGACGGAGAAUCCCGACAGCUGGCAUGACAUGGAAGACGAAGGUGACCCCCCCAAACCUCUGGUUCGCAGAGCUGGAGCUAAAAGUCGCUCCAGGAGAAAGAAGCAGAAAAAAAACCCCAAGCAAGAGUCAGUGGCCUGGAAGAAACCCAAAGGCCACCAUUCCAAGAGCUCAGCCGCCUUGGAGGAUCCUGAGGCCAAUGGCGCGGAAACUAUGGAGGUCUCAGAAGCUGUCAGGAGCAACAGAAAGCCCUGUGUGAAGCAGGAGGAGUCGGCUUUGAAGAAGCCUGCGGGAAAAUGUGCCUGGAAGGCUCCCAGCAAGCCAUCCUGUGAUGCCCAGUCAGAAGCUGUGAGUCCUGGGGUUGCUUCGGAGUCAGACCAAGAUGGCGGUCAGGAAGGCCCACCGAAGAAGAAGGCCGUGGGCUGGGCCUUGGCAAAGAGCCCUGCCCCCAUGAGAAAGAAAAAGAAGGUAAGCUUGGGCCCUGUCGCUUACGUCCUUGUCGAUUCGGAAGAUGCCAAGAAAAAACCGAUGAUGGCAAAGAAAGGGCCAGCCGCAAGAGAGGCAUCAGUUCAGAAGGCCCUCCGAGGCCCACAGCCCGCAGAGUUGCCAGCCUCGACCUCACAGGGCCCAGAGGCCGACCCAGAAGGCUCCCGUCGUGCCUCCAGUGGUGAGAACGACCACAGAAGUCAUUUGGGGUGCGGCGACAAGUGGAUGGGUGGGGAAGGGCCGGAGCGCCGGGUGGGGGCAGGUCAGGGGGUGCAUGAGGAGGACCCCAGUGCAGCGGAAGAGGCAGAUGAGGUUUUAGAGGGCGAGAGCCCUGACCUCCCUCCUAGGAGCCCCUGAAGGCCAACAUGGGGGACGCCGGUGGGCGGGAGGUGGCCACGAAGAUCCGCCACCUCCCCUUUGUUGGUGACUGUCGCUGUGGUAGAGUUUCCGGCCAUUCUGCCACUCCGUCUGACCCAGCUCCCUUAAUAAAAAUCCAGUGGUUUGGAGUGAUAAUGAUCAAUGGGUCGUCAAGGUAGAUGGCUUUGAAGGUGCAGUUUUCUGGAGGCCUGGUUGGGGGAUAGGAAUGUUCAAGCACUGAAAAGGACCAAGGAAGUGAGAAAAAAAAAAAAUUCCCCAGGACACCCACUUCCCCUUUUGAGCUCUUCUAAUCCACAGAACCCAGAAAGCUUUGAUUUGGAGGACCACCCAUAGCUGGUUAGUUGAAAGACGUCCAAGGAAGAAGUAUCACAUUGGGAACAAAAGUUUUUUCUUAUUGAGUGAACUUUUGACUCUUAAAGGACCCCAUUUGUAAAGAUGUGGCUCUCAGAGGGGAAGUAUCCGUGAGCUCUUAGGUGAGAGAGAUUAAGGGAGGGAGGUACAUCGCCCUGCUCUUUUCUCUGCCACGCCUGCUUUUGCACCUCCCCUUGACUCACCUUCAGAGGUUAGAGGGUCACUAAGCAGAUUGGGAAAAUUCUAGAACAUUUACCUUUACAUACACAGGCGGGAUCCCUGUUAACGUCCAUCCGUGUUCUGCCUUUCUUCCUCAUUCCCUGCGUUCUGGAUGGCCAGCCAACCUCUGCAGGCAGGGUCUGGCAUAUUCUCCCACCUUCUCUGUGUUUCCAUCAUGGGUAAGUUAAGCUGAGAUCGUCCAAGCGGCCCUGCCUGCCUUGCUCCUGCUGGUUUUCAGCUUCCAUCCUCCAGUUAACUGGCCAGAGGGUGAGAAGGUCCCAAGAGUUAGUUUUAGGGGACUUAGGCCUUGACGAACUUGAGCUUUAGAUUCUGUUAAUAAAAGUGGUAUUUGGAUUCCCGUUUAGCGUCUGGCCAUCUCAGGACGCCCAUGGGGAAGAGGGGGUGAUCGGUAGGGAAGGACUCAGGCGCUUCUGGCUUCCCAGCCCCUAAUUCCAUCCAGCACCACCAAACUCUGUGUCUUUGGGGCUAAAGACCCUUCUCAAGUUGUAAUCAGAGAGGGAAAAAAUUCUUAAAAAUUUGGCUGUUAAUUUCUGUCAUCCGAAUAGACCAACAUUCCUUGUCUCCCGUGUGUGUGUGUGUGUGUGUGUGUGUGUGUGUGUGUGUAGGGGGAGGGGGUGGGGUACCUGACACCAUUGGUUUUCAAAUAGUGUCCUGGGAGGCCCAAAGCAUGCUCGAAGAUGUAAUCCAAACCUUUUUUUUUUUUCAUGUAUUUAAUUUAUUUAUUUAAUUUAUUAUUUUUUUGAGAGUGUGUACCCAUGCGGGGGAGGGGGAGGGACAGAGGCAGAGAGAUUCUUAAGCAGGCUCCACGCCCGGCACAGAGCCCUAUCUCACAACCGUGAGAUCAUGACCUGAGCUGAAAUCAAGUUGUCAGAUGCCCAACCAACUAAGCCAUCCAGCUCCCCCAUGUGUUGGAAAAGAAAGAAAAAAAAAAGGUUCUUGCUUCGGCAGCACAUAUACUAAAAAAAAAAAGUGAAACUUAAACAGUCGUGAGCCAAACCAGUCACAUAGGAGACUAUCAGAAUAUUACCUUGUGUUCAUAAGUGAACUUGACUUUGUACAGAUCUCCCAUGAGUUGUUUCUCCCGUCUGUUUGCGUAUAAUUGAACUUGUAAACGUGGCGGACGAGAAAGGUCGGAGGUGGGAGAGAUUCAGUCACGUGCAUGCCCUGUGACGACGUAACCCUCCGGAAGAAGUUUCCCUUUGUAAUUCACACACUCCUGUUAUUUUAGUUGUGUGAUAGCUCGUCCGUGUAUUCGCCUAAUAUUGUCACGCGGUUUUAGCCCUUUCUGUGUUCAGGGGCCUCCCUUCUGUUUUUGUGAUGGAGAAUGUGAGCACUCGUUAGACGUUGUUAGUAAUUCUGCUUUGAAAAUAAAUUUCUUCGUAACAGUUCAUUUCAAAAUCCUGGAGGAGUCUAACUGAAGGUGCAGGGGGAAGAAAAAAAAAAAAAAAAAGAACCCGGCUUCUAUUUGCGACCCUUCCGCCGUGUGCCUCGAGGCUUUCCUUGGGUUUGUGCAAAACAAACACAGGAGUGCACUUGCUCUCAAGGUGGGAAAGCCUGUGACUCUCCAGGACCCAGUUUCAAGGGCAGGUCCAUUAAGGGCUUCAUUGUGUUAACAGAUCGACACCGUGAUGGGUAAAUGUAAACAUGUAUGGUACAAAAUAAAGUUUAGCAAAUUAA